AUGGCUUCGGCCGUAGUCGCCUGGGACCCCUAUCACGAUUCACGAGAUCCCUAUCACGCCUGGGAUGCCUAUCACGAAUCCCUCAACUCCCACUCUCUCGAUUUCUACGACGAACUACCACAAGCUGCUUCGACGGGCUCGAGUCGCUCGACAGCGACGACGACUUUGUCGGAUGUCCAAAUAAGCGCCCGCGACCUCGCACUGCCUCAACAUCCACAGCGCUUCGACAAUCUCCCACGUCACACCUCCUCCGACCUCGUCAUCCGCGCCGACCCCUCGUGCAUCACUAUCAGCAAAAAUGCAACUUGCAAGAAAACAUUCACAGGGGGCAUGUAA